AUGUUGCGAUUCUUGUCUUACGCCGCCGCUUUGCCGGUCGUGGCUCUCUCGAGCAGCCAAAGCGACAACAGCCCUACUUCGGUGCGAUGGCAGACCGGCAAUGCGAAAGUCGACAGCUUGGUAGAACAACUGACGCCUACAGAGAAGAUCAGCCUUGUCCACGGUAGUGUCGACCCCGGCAACCAGAAUCAAGCGGGCUAUGUCGUACCCGUACCUCGACUCGGCAUACCAGCUGUGCGGAUUAGUGAUGGCGAGGCUGGUCUUAACGUCGUCGAGAACGCCACAGCACUGCCUACUCAGCCGAAUGUUGCGGCCACCUUCUCAAGACAACUGGCGUAUCUUCAUGGCAAAGUUUCCGGAAGGGAGGCAAAAGUCCUCGGGAUGGACGUACUUCUAGCCCCAAGACUGAACAUCCUCCGUGACCCAGUCACCGGCAACUUUUGGCAAUCUUAUUCCGAGGACCCGUACCUGAACGCCCAGCUUGGCGUCCAAGCACUCACGGGAAUCCAGAGCGAAGGCACGAUGGGUAACCCGAAGCAAAUCGGGCCCUCCAGUACCGGCGCGAGUGAUGGCGAUGUCAACUCCAUCGUCGACAUGCAGACGCUGCAGGAGAUCUAUUGGUCCGCUCCCGGAGCCUUACUGGAAGCCGGCGCAGCGACUGUUAUGUGCUCGUAUGCGCAGAUUAAUGGAGUGCCAUCUUGCCAGUACCAGCCGCUGUACGACAUGGUUCGAGAACAGUACAACAACACCGCCAUCAUGAUGUCUGACUGGGUAGGUACUCACUCGACCGCCGAUUCGCUUGUUGCUGGUUUGGACUGGGAGAUGCCGAUGGCAGAUUACUAUGGCGAGCCGUUGUACAACUCCAUCUAUGUGGCGAAGAACCUGUCGGAGAGCUACCUCAACCGUGCGGUAGGCAUCAUACUCAACAAAUACGAAGCUUUCGGCCUCCUCAAUACUACAGCUCCGGUCACGCAGCCGAUACCAGCAGCCAUGGAGGCAGCUCACGCAGCUGUAGCCUACGAGAUUGCGGUCAAGUCCGGCGUACUCCUCAGAAACACCAAUGGAGCUUUCCCGAUCUCUUCCACGGCGUCGAUUGCCGUCAUUGGUCCCAACGGCCUGCAAUUCUCCCACGGCACCAACUUCGCGGAACGAGCGUUCGGCUUCCCAGAUCGCGAGAUCGCUCCCAUUGAUGCUCUGCGCAGCCGUCUCAACCGGACCGAGAUCCCGAACGCUGUUGGUGUCGACCUGGAGGGUACUCUGAUCCCGUCGUCUGCGCUCAGGAGCCUGGACGGCAUCACGCAAGGUCUGUCCCGCAACGACACCACGGGCGCCACGAGCCUCGACAGCCAGGUGGACUUCAGUACCUCUACCGCACUACCGCCAAACCGGACGUAUGAAUGGCAAGGCUCAUUCCACGCCGUCGAGGAAGGCUACUACACCAUCUCUCUGCAGCGGAAGAUCCCCCCUCUCCAGGGCCACACGAACCCGGACUACGGCCAGCUCACGUUCAACAUCGGCACGCUGAGUAUCGACGGCUCGCUCGUCUCCUCCGGGUAUCGCCAGCUGCUGGACGGCGGGGACAGGUCGUGGAGUAACUCCAUACCCACCCGGGACGGCUGGGACAACAUCAAGGUCUUCGUCUACCUGACGGAGGGCUGGCACGAUAUAGCCGCGUCGAUCGUGGGGCUCUUGGGCGAGCCGGUCGAGGUGCGUCUGUGCUGGGUCACCCCCUCGCAGCGCGAGAGCAACAUCCAGACCGCCGUGGGCGUGGCGAGCGGGGUCGACGUGCCGAUCGUCUUCGCGUUCGCCCAGAGUCCCGCGCAGACGGGCAUGCGGCUCGACGACAACAUGGACGAGCUCGUCUCCCGCGUGGCAGCCGCAAACCCAAAAUCUAUCAUAGUGCUGAACAACGCCGAGCCCGUCACCAUGCCCUGGCUGGACUCCGUCUCCGUUGUACUCGAGAUGCUGUAUCCCGGCCAGGAGGCCGGCUACGCGACGGCGGAUCUGUUGUUGGGGAACAAGCUGCCGCGGGGGAGACUGCCGGUCACGUACCCGACGAGCGUGGAAAGGACGGUGACGCGCGACCCGAAGUACCCGGGCCGCGUGGCGGGGGCGGAUGGUAAUGCGAGCUUCAGUGAGGGUGUUAACGUCGGGUAUCGGUGGUAUAAGUACUCGAACACGUCCGUGUUGUUUCCGUUUGGAUAUGGCCUUAGUCUUACGACUUUUGCGUAUAGCGACUUGCGCAUCAGCUCGGUUGGAACGGGUGAGGAUAAUGAUGGUGGUGUUGUCUUCACCAUCUCCUUCGCCAUCGCUAAUACCGGCGACCGUGACGGCGUCGAGGUGCCGCAGAUCUACAUUGGGCCGCCCUCGACGGCCAAUACCACGUAUUCCGGGCAGGCUCAGUUUGCGGCCACGGCACUGGUGGGUUUCGACAGUGUCGAGAUUGGCGCGGGUGAGAGUGUGCGUGUCGAGAUCGGCGUUGCGAGACGACAGCUCAGCUUCUGGGAUGUUGACGGUGCUGGCUGGGUCCUGGCGAGGGGCGAGAGGGAGGUGUGGGUUGCGCAGUCGUACUUCGGCAAUAGCAAGAUGCCGUGGAGGCAGGGAUCCGACAAGAAGGGCCACAUCACGGUGUGGCCGUCGUCACCCCCAAUAGCGACAUGUGCUGGGACGUGUCUUUCCAAGCAGAAGUCGCUGGCGCACCUGGGCGACGGCGACCCCUAG